AUGACAACAAAAAACCCAUCCAGAAUAUUACAAACUAAAAACCAAAGACUUUUAAAUAAAGUCACAAAUCCUGAAGCUAAGCAUUAUAAAGCAGUUACCGUUCCAGAGCUUGAAUUAGCUCUUAAGGAAUUUAUAUUAAUAUAUCAGGAUUGUACUAUUUUAAGUGAUGCUAUAAUAGUUGAGAAGGCCAAAUUGUUAGCAGAGAAACUUAGUGUUCUCGAAGGCAAAUUAAAUUUUUCUGCUGAGUGGCUUCAAAAAUUUAAAGAACAAAAUGAGAUUUGUCAAAUAAAGCUUCAUAGAGAGGCAUCAUCUGUUGAUGAGAACGUUGUCACUGAAUUUUUACUAUUAUUGCAUAAUAAGUGUGCUGGUACAAGUCUUUCAGAUAAUCUUUGUGAAACUAAUGAUUCUGAGCUUAGAGAUCUUAUUAGUUUUCUUGAUAUGUUUUGCCUUCUUAAUGCUAUAGAAAUUAAUGAAUUUCUUAAUAUUAAUGAUGAAGAGACCAUUAAAGAGCUAGCUUAUGUGUUUAAAAAUAAUAAAAACAUUGAAGUUAUAGACAAAGAAAAUAUUAAAAAAAUGGAUGAUAGUGUAGAACCUUUAAUUAUUAGUAGUAGAUUAGCAUUGGAUAGCUUGAAAAAU